CACUAUGAACAUUGAGAAAAUAUGUACAUUUUCUGAUGAACUUGUGCAUUAGAAAAUAUAAUGUAAUUGGAAUGAGGAUGCUAGAAACUAUUUAUUAAUGAGUGUGUAAGAACUGCUGCAGCAACUAUUUUUGCUUCCACAAUGGAAAAGGCAAAUACUUCAAAAAUGAACUGGACUCGAAAGUGCGUAGAAUGUGAUGUGAAUUUUUGCAUCAAAGAUGCGUUUGUUCUCCAUCUCUUAGGGAAACGACACCAGAAGAAAGUAAGGAAAAGAGACAAAUCUCACUUGAAUGAUGUGAGAGAAAGAACUAUGGGUGUGACAGUGAAUGGCAAGGUUGCUGUUGAGAAGAUUGUAGAGUUUUUUGUGGACUAUGGAGUCACCAGUGCUUCUCAUCAUGGAAACACUGUUUUUAUUGAGUUUGAUACAGUGGAGGCAGCUCAGAAAGUCAUAAAAAAGAAGAACUUUAGAAUUCGCACAGCAUCUCUGCGUGUGUUUCCCUUUAGGCCCAGAGCCCCACCAGAAGAAUUUACUCUGCGCCUAAGUCAGUAUCUGAAAAACUGUCUCUCCCAGCCGGUAACUGGAGGCCAACUGGAUAAACAUAUUAGCUUCUUAAUCAAGGAGAUUGAGCUCAAGCCCAGGGAAUUUCAAGCCAGAGAAUCCCUCAGGAGGGGUAUUGUCAACUACCUGUUAACAUAUUUCCCUCGAGUGCAAGGGUAUAUUUUUGGAUCUUCAGCCAACAACCUUGGGUUUUCUGGAUGUGAUAUUGACCUGUACAUAGACUGUGGAGUGUACCCAUGGCUGGAGGCCAAGACUGAAGCUGCAUCACGGGAAGAAGCAAAGGACUUAACAAUGUUUCUUGCAAGAAAAAUUAGACAGUCUGGUAAAGCAGUGAAGGUUGAAGCCAUUGCCAGAGCCAGGGUCCCUAUCGUGAAGUUUCAAGAUCGAUCAAGCAGGAUAUUGGUUGACCUCUCCUUUCGAAAUGCCAUGGCUGUGUACAACACUCAGCUCAUCAAUCAGUACACAAGAACUCAUCCUUUGGUUCGACCCUAUCUGAUGAUGAUCAGAUAUUGGGCAAAAAUUCAGGGUGUCUCUGGUGGUGGUAGACCUUCAUUUUUGAUAACUAAUUAUGCCCUGACCAUGAUGAUGUUAUUCUACCUGAUGUGUAGAAAUGAUCCUAUAGUACCUUCAGUUUCCUGUCUAAGAAGCAAUUGGGCUGGCCAUAUACCAACUUUCAUUGGUCCUUGGGAUGUUGGCUUUGGCAGUAACGUGAAUGAGUGGUUUCAAAGAUAUCAUAAUGUGAGUGUAAUGGAACUUGUAUCAGAGUUUUUCUCAUACUUUGGGAAACUGGAAACCUCAAAGUGGGUAAUUUCCCCCCUUGUUGGUAGGUUACUUGACAGACAUGAUAUUACAAUGAAGUCAAGAAGUCUGCCCCAGUGUUUGGAGACAUUCUUGCAGCAGUUUGAUGUGAUUAAACUUGAAGCUCCUCUUCAUAUACAAGAUCCCUUUGAGCAUUGCCAUAAUUGUACAAAAGGGCUGUCAGAAGUUUCUCUUCUUGAAUUUCAAGUUAAAUGUAGAAAGGCUGCAUUAACAUCUGAUGCUAUCCUUAAAGGGGAACAGACAUUAAAUGAUCUGUUUCAGCCAAUUGAAAUGACAACAGAUGUGAUCAGGGAUGUAUUUCAGACCUCAUCACAGGAAGAUGAGGAUGAAGUCAUUACUCUUGAUGACUCUGAAUUAUCUCAAGACUGUCAAGUAUUGAGUUCACCUAAAAGAAAAGGCCAGGAUGAUGACAUACUGGCAGGGCCUGAAAACACAUCAGAUAUUGAAAUAUUGCCCACUCCAAAGAAAGCAGUGGAAGAAAUAUUACUUGACCCUCAAGAAGCUGAUCAGGAUAUAGAAAUUCUGUCUUGUCAUGAAGGAGCUUUAGACUCUUUCAAAAGGCAAAAAUGUGAAGACAAAUCAGAAUCUUCCAGAAACCUGAGUGAUGAUAGUGUCAUUCAGUCAGGUACUUCUGCUGAUCUUUCUAAAGAUACUAAACAAAUAUUUAAUGAGAGGAUUGGUAUGUCACUUACCAAAGGUGAAGGAAGUAGCUCGUCUGAGCUAAAUAUGGAUAGUAUUAAUAAACUGCUUCCAGUAGUGGUACACCAGUUGGAGAAAUGCUCAUCAUUCUUUUUGGAUUACUCUCAAGUACCAGAAUUGAAAAUCACACCUGAUGGUGAUGUUCUGGAAUGUGGUGAAAAAUUGUUUGAUGACAGUGAAAUAGGACAAGCUGCUUGUAUACUAGUGGAAUUUGCACUAAAAAAGUGCUUAAAGAUUGAACUUACUCUAGAAAAUUCUCUGCCUGGUGAAAAGAGGAAGGCUCUGUUACAAGGUGAUGAAACAAGUGCACCAAAGCGCGUGAAAAGUGACGAUGGUAAGAGUGCUUCACUACCUGCUAAGUACUUGAAAAUUUCCAAAUAUACAUGCUUAUCAACACAGGCAUUGUGGAAUGGUAGAAAGAAGAUCUCCAAAAAAGUUGCAAGAAAAGUAAAUGAAACUCCUCUCCAGUAUGAACUAGCUGUUACAGAAGCUCAGAUGGGACAACUCAAUAGCUUACAAGGAAACUGUCCAUUUGAAUUUAUAAUAGAAGUGUGGCAGGAACUGGAUAACCCAAAUUUCAUACAUGUGACUGGAAGUACUUCACAGACAAAGCUUAAUCAAAGUAUGAUGAUUCCCAUGUUCAGUUACUUUUCUUCACUCUGUAAAAAUCUGUUAAAGAAGCUGACUCACCAUGUUAAACAUAGCAUGCACUGAUUGGAAAUAUGAUGUAGGUUUGAUUGAGGCCAUAUAUCUCUAGUAUUCUCUUUUGUAUUUUAUAUCAUAAAGAAUGAUCUACAGUGAGGUGAUUCAGUUCCAUUUUUGGAAUUAGGAAGUAGCUAAAAUGAAGUGACAAAGGCAAUUAAGUACUUUUAUAUUUAUUGAUGGUUGUAAAAUAGUUAUGAUAAACUAUUUUGUUAAACAGCUGUGAAUCAUAUUGAAUAUAUUGCUGCAACUUU